AUGCGCGGGUUUAGUCCGACUACCUGCGCGGCAGGCCUCCUCGUGCUUGCCCUCGCACCCACAGCCCUCACGCGCACGGUGAAGACCUCAACCCCACAGAUGGGUUGGAACAGCUACAACGCCUACGUCUGUGAUAUCACUGAGGAUAUUAUUGUCGAUAACGCGAAGGCCCUGGUCGAGACUGGGCUGGCUAAAUUGGGGUACGAGUAUGUCUCCCCGGACUGCGGGUGGUUCAACGGGGAGAGAAGCGACGUAACCGGUGCGCUCGAGUGGAACAUGACUCGGUUCCCUGGCGGCGGUGAGGGCCUCUCGAAGAGGGUUCACGCGCUUGGCCUUAAGUUUGGGUUGUACUCUGGUGCCGGGUAUUGGCAGUGCGGUGGGUUAAAUAAGUACCCCGGUUCCCUUGGACAUGAGGAAGCCGACGCCAAAGCCUUUGCGAGUUGGGGUGUUGACGCAUUAAAAUACGACAACUGCUACGUCAACGGCACAGGCCCCACAGUCGGAGCCGACUUCUACUCUGAGGUCUCCGGCUCACCCGAGCGAUUCCGCACCAUGGCAAAAGCUCUCUCCGAAGUGGAUCGAGAUGUCCUCUACCAACUUUGUCAGUGGGGCGUUGGCCGGGACGUGGGCAGCUGGGGCGCUUCAAUGGCCAACUCGUAUCGCAUCAGCGUGGAUAUCUACCCUAACUGGGGGAGUGUGUGGAGAAUUACGAACCAGGCUAUCGCAUACGCCAAAUAUGUCGAGCCGGGCGCGUAUCCGGACCUGGACAUGCUCAUCGUCGGACUGGGCGUGCUGUCGGAACAGGAGGAGCGAAUGCACUUCAGCCUCUGGUCGAUCUUCAAGUCACCCUUGCUCCUCGGUAACUCGAUCUCCCUGCCGAUCCCCAAGAGCUCCUUUGCAGCCAUCGCGAACCAGGAGGUGAUUGCGAUCAACCAGGACCCGCUCGGUAAAUCCGCGGAGCUGGUCCGCCGGUUCAGUGAGGAAGGGUACGACGUCUAUGCGGGCCCGCUCUCGGGGGGUCGCAUGGUCCUCGGCGUCGCGAAUUGGCUCAACACCACGAACACGGCGAGCGUCGACCUGGAACGUGUUCUGGGGAUCACGGCCGCGCGGGCGCGCGACGUCUGGGCUCACCACAGCGUUGGCCGUCUGUCUGGGAGGUAUCGCACGCGUCUGGAGGGCCACGAAAUGAGGCUCCUGGUCCUCUCGGAUAUCGUCUACGCACACGAGGAUGAACAGGGCUCGACGUACUAUCUCGGGGACGAGGCGGCACUUUCCGGGAACGCAUCGGUGGUCGAGUGCCCGCGCGGGCUGUGUCUCCCCGCGGGGUCCAAGGUCACGAACAUCGGCAGCGGGCCCGAAAACGCCGCAGUCGCGUUCGAGGAUGUCUUUGCCACGAGCGGCGGGACGAAGACUCUCCUCCUGGAUUACAUCAACUACGACAUCGCCUGGGAAUCGUCGUGGAAGCGGCCGCAGGGCACGAGCACCCGCAAUGUCACUGUCUCCGUCAACUCAGGCCCUGCCAAGCGCUGGGCACUUCCAAUUUCCGGUGGGAGCUGGUUCGACACGGGACGGCUGGCCAUUGAGGUUGAAGGAUUCGUAGAGGGCAACAAUACGGUGGAGUUCCGCGCUGUAAAUGGCAUGAGCGGCUUUGCGCCGGAGCUUGUGGGGUUUGCCUUGUUCGAGUAG